AUGUCGAAACAUUCAUUGCAAUUGUGCAAUUUUAAUGACCUGCCCGAUUGGCAAAAGGACAACCCGCUGAUUGUCAACUAUUAUGUCCGAGAAACUAAUUCACUUUUCAAAUCCCUAUGCUCGAUAUUUCUCUUCCAUUCGGAAUCGAUGAAUAUUUUCACGCAUUUGAUUCCUGCGCUAUUGUAUGCGAAAUUCACAUACAACGCUAUAACAACACUGGAACAAGUGUCCUAUCCAAUUGUCUUUUAUUUGAUUUCUGUAAUUAUAUGUUUCUUGCUCAGUUCCCUGUUCCAUCUUUUCAAAUGUACUUCGGUACAAUCCAAUGAGUUCUGGGGCAAGCUGGACUAUGUUGGUAUUUCACUCUUGAUCAACGCGACUAUUGUUUCGAUGGCACUUCUCGGGUUUAACGAGUCGCGUUAUACGAUCAUGAAAAAUACCUUUGUGACUCAAACGAGUUGUUUAACCGCUUAUGUGAUAAUCUUGGCCAUCAAAUCACAUCCGAAGCAAGGAGAAAAUGAAGAUGACAACGAUGGUACUUUGUCGGAAGAUGAUGAUUGCUGUUGUGAUGACCAUAAGGGAACUCGAGCAAAAUUGUUUGCCUCGCUGGGUCUUUCCGGAUUGAUCCCCGUGAUCACAGGUCUUUACAUCUACGGCCCGAAAGUCGUUUAUUACAAGAUAAACAUACCCAUGGUUAUUGCCUCUGUGCUGUGUUAUAUUGUGGGGACACUCAUCUACGUGUUCAAAAUACCCGAGAAGUUUUAUCCCGGAAGAUUCGACCUUGUUGGUUCUAGCCACCAAUUGUUCCAUAUCUUUAUUGUCUUUGGCACAGUCUGCCAUUACCAUGCCAUCCAAACUGCAAAGAAUUUUGCCCUUAAUCAAGCCUCGACUUAA